UUCACAGAGAAUCUUUUUUGUCUUCCUCGUCUCUUCUCCACAAGAACAUUCUUAAUUGAUAAUAUAUCUGGAUAAGAGAAAAGUAACGUAAACCCUAACCUUCCGUCAUCUCUAGUCGAUGAUCCUUGUCUCUGCAGAUCUUUAUCUUGCGAACGGAAGAAAUAACCAGCUCAUCGCUGCCUCCAGCUUUGGUUUGUUUUCUUCAAUGCCGUUGUGAAGAAAGCUGAUUAAGGUAAAUGCAUGGAUCUUUUGCAAACAUUAUUGCGUGUCAUGACGCAGAAAGUUGCUUUAUGGUAGAAGAGAGGCACUGGGGCAAUAGGAGCUUUGCAACCAUUUAUAAGGUCUGUAGAGAGGGAGUAGGAGUCAGUGUGGAUUUGUGGUUAUUUGAUAAAUGGAGGUUUUUGCUCAUCCUCAAGAGAUCUUCUACACCUCUGAAAAAAAAUCAGAGAGAGGACGAGGAGAUCAAAUAUUAUUCAAAUUUAUAAAAGCUGUGGAGCAUCUUGGAGCAUAUGAGGAAUGGAGCAUGAGGAGCACCACUCACAUCGAGGAUUGCUCUCUUGAAAACGUGCGCAUUGCUGCAUCUUCCAUAUCAGAGAUGAGUGGUCGUUCUACUCGUACGAUUUAUGUUGGGAACCUUCCUUCUGAUAUACGAGAAUGGGAAAUUGAAGACCUAUUUUACAAGUAUGGUCGUAUAGUGGAUAUUGAAUUGAAGAUCCCCCCUCGCCCUCCUGGUUAUUCUUUUGUGGAGUUUGAAAAUGCUCGCGAUGCUGAAGAUGCAAUUAGGGGUCGGGAUGGAUAUAACUUUGAUGGUCAUCGUUUGAGGGUUGAGCUUGCCCAUGGUGGUAGGGGGCAAUCUUCGUCAAUUGAUCAUCGUCGUGGUUAUGGGGGUGGGGGUGGGGGUGGACGAUUUGGGGGUGUAUCACGCCAUUCUGAAUACCGAGUUUUUGUUCGUGGACUGCCCUCUUCUGCUUCAUGGCAAGAUUUGAAGGAUCACAUGCGGAAGGCUGGUGACGUGUGCUUUGUCCAAGUUUUCCGUGAUGGUGAUGGAACCAUGGGUGUGGUAGACUAUACUAAUUACGAUGACAUGAAAUAUGCUAUCCGUAAACUUGACGACACUGAAUUUAGAAAUCCAUUUUCAAGGGCUUAUAUUCGGGUGAAAAGUUAUGAAGGCAGUCCAUCAAGGAGCCAUAGUCGAAGUAGGAGUCGCAGUAGGAGCAGAAGUGUGAAAAGGGAUCGGGGCAAAUCUUUGGAUCGAUCUGUCUCAAGAUCACCAUCAAAAUCUAGGUCCCCCUCUCAUGCCAGAUUGCCCAGGCCCAGGUCAAGGUCGAGAUCUAGGUCGGAUUCACCACGCCAGGCUCGAUCAGGAAGUGCAUGACCCACUAUGCAGUGGAAUCAGAAAGAGAGAGAGAGAGAGAGAGAGGG